UUUCACAACCAGCCACCAGUGGAGCUCCGGCGUGACAUUCACCGGGGUAUCAGAGGAGUUGGGGUCGUGUAAUAGCAACAGUACGAACACCCUGUGCUCGACCAAGCUGUUGUCAAGAUGAGGGUAUUAAAAGCGGGUCUGUCUUUAGCCAAAACGCACCUUCUGGCCCCGGGAAGCGUCACACUUAAAAAGGUGCUGAUCAACAGCUGCCGGACAUGUUCCUCCGGUGUUUUCCCCAACGAGAGGAUCCGUAACAUCGGAAUCUCAGCUCACAUCGACUCGGGGAAGACCACCCUGACCGAGCGUGUCCUCUACUACACCGGCAAAAUAGCGGAGAUUCACGAGGUGAAGGGGAAGGAUGGUGUUGGAGCCACUAUGGACUCUAUGGAGCUGGAGAGACAGAGAGGCAUCACCAUCCAGUCAGCUGCUACAUACACUGUGUGGAAGAAUCACAACAUCAACAUCAUUGACACACCAGGUCAUGUGGACUUUACUAUUGAAGUGGAGCGAGCGCUGCGUGUGCUGGACGGAGCUGUGUUAGUUCUGUGUGCAGUGGGAGGCGUCCAGUGUCAAACCAUGACCGUAAACCGACAGAUGAAACGCUACAACGUCCCCUUCCUCACUUUCAUCAACAAGCUAGACCGAAUGGGCUCCAACCCCAACAGAGCGCUGCAGCAGUUGAGAUCUAAACUGAACCAUAAUGCAGCCUUUGUGAACAUCCCCAUCGGCCUGGAGGGGAACAUGCGUGGCAUCAUUGACCUUGUGGAGGAACGGAGCAUGUAUUUUGAAGGGCCGUUUGGUCAAACUGUCCGCUAUGAUGAGAUCCCGGCAGAUUUUCGUGCUGAGGCUGAAGAACGGAGGCAGGAACUGGUGGAGUGUGUCGCUAAUGCUGACGAAGUCUUGGGAGAGAUGUUCCUGGAGGAAAAGAUUCCAACCAACGACGACCUGAAGGCUGCAAUCCGUAGGGCCACAGUGCAGCGUCUCUUCAGCCCAGUGUUGGUGGGCACUGCUUUGAAGAACAAAGGCGUGCAGCCUCUGCUGGACGCUGUCCUGGAUUACCUGCCGAACCCCACUGAAAUCAAAAACUAUGCCAUCCUCAAUGAUGAAGAGUCCACAGACACAUCGAAGAUUGAAAUGAACCCUACAAGAGACUCUUCAAACCCUUAUGUUAGUCUGGCCUUCAAACUGGAGGCUGGGAGGUUCGGUCAGCUGACGUACAUAAGAGUGUACCAGGGCUGUCUGAAGAAGGGAGAAUACAUCUACAACACACGCACAGGCAAGAAAGUCAGAGUUCAGAGGCUUGUGCGUCUCCAUGCUGAUCAGAUGGAGGAUGUGGAAGAGGUUUAUGCAGGAGAUAUCUGCGCGCUGUUUGGGAUUGAUUGUGCAAGUGGAGACACUUUUACAUCUAAAACUAACGCUAACCUGUCGAUGGAGUCAAUUCACAUCCCAGAUCCUGUCAUUUCCAUGGCCAUGAAACCAGCCAACAAGAAUGACCAGGAUAAAUUUUCUAAAGGUAUCAACCGUUUCACCAGGGAAGAUCCCACGUUCAGAGUGCAUUUUGACAGUGAGAGCAAAGAAACCGUCAUCUCAGGCAUGGGCGAGCUGCAUCUGGAAAUCUACUCCCAGAGAAUGGAGAGAGAAUACAACUGUCCCUGUGUGAUGGGGAAACCCAAAGUGGCUUUCAGAGAGACGAUCACCAGUCCUGUACCGUUUGAUUACACCCACAAGAAGCAGUCAGGCGGUGCGGGGCAGUACGGUAAAGUCAUCGGAGUCCUUGAGCCUCUUGAGCCUGAGCAUUGCACCAAGAUUGAGUUUGAAGACCAGACAGUUGGAAACAACGUCCCAAAGCAGUUUGUACCAGCUGUUGAGAAGGGCUUCAGAGAGGCCUGUGGGAAGGGACCCCUGAGCGGACACAGGAUCUCAGGAGUCAGAUUCACCCUGAAGGACGGAGCAAGUCACAUGGUCGACUCCAACGAGAUGUCCUUCAUCCGUGCAGGAGAGGGCGCUGUGAGACAAGCUAUGGCGAACGCCGACACAAUCAUCCUGGAGCCGAUCAUGUCUGUGGAAAUCGUAGCACCUCAGGAGUUCCAAGGAGUCAUCAUCGCAGGGGUAAACCGUCGCCAUGGUGUUAUCACAGGACAGGAUGGAGCAGAAGGAUACUUCACUCUGUAUGCUGAUAUUUCACUAAACAACAUGUUUGGCUACGCCACAGAACUACGAUCCUGUACUGAAGGAAAAGGAGAGUACACGAUGGACUACAGCAGAUAUCAGCCCUGCCUGCCAGCCACACAGGAAGAACUCAUCCACAAACACUUAGAGGCUACAGGACAGCUGCCUGCAAAGAAGAAGUGGAAGAGCUGAACUGUCCACUAAAGUGUUCAUUAUUGGACUUUGACGCCACCCGUCUCUUAUCUUUUCUGCCCAUCAUCAGUCAGGACUUUAAAUUUAUUGAGCCAAACAAACAUGUUAUUUCUUUGUUAGUUUAACCCCCCUCCUAAUGUCUGACCUCUGCAGAAAACAUAUUUAUUAUCUUGAUUUUAGCAACGUUUCACCUCUAAACUGCAGCCAGUGUUCACAAAAAUGAGUUACAGGAAGCUCUGUGUUUUGACUUGAGCUUAUAAUGGCUUUUGUACUAUGUACAAAAUGGUCUUGAUGUAAUAGCAAAGAUAUAUAUCCUCCUUUGAAA